AUGGCCAUGGACCUCGAACAAACGAUUGUCGCCAUCUCGUCCGCCCCAGGCAUUGGGGCGAGAUCGAUCAUUCGCCUAAGCGGCCGCGAUGCCGUAACGACCGCGUUGGCAAUCGCCGAGCCGGUCGAAACGGUGCCGUCGAAAUCGGCGAGACGAAUCACCUCCGGCAUCAAGCUUCCUGGCGACCGGAUCGUGACCGCCGACUUCUGGAUUUGGCCUACGGAUCGAAGCUAUACGCGGCAACCACAAGUUGAAAUUCACUUGCUCGGCAGUCGACCGAUUGCCGAUCUUAUCCUGGCGCAACUCAGACAACAGGGCGCACGACUUGCCCAGCCUGGCGAGUUCACGAUGCGGGCCUUCCUCGCCG